UAUAUUAUUGAUGAAUAUUUGGGUAGGCUUAGCACAGGUUAUAUUAUCUUGAAUAUAUUCAUAUUUUGAACUUGUUAUACAUUUAUCAAUAUUACCUGAUGCUUAUUAACCAUUAAAAUUUUUUUUUACUUUAUCAGGUAAAAUGGUUCCGACAGGGAAGAGAGACUAUGAGGGAAAUGUUGUUUGGAAGCCAGAUUGCGUGCUGGACUACAAUAAAUACAUGGGGGCCGUCGACAGAUGUGACCAAAUGGUGACUUAUGGAUCCUUUCAACGGAAAACUUUGAAGUGGUGGAAGAAGGUGUUCUUCCAUACUCUUGGCCUGGCUGUUCUCAAUGCCUACCACAUCUACAAGCACAGAGAGGAUCAUCCUGUUCCUCAUCGUUUAUUUAGGAGGCAGCUUGUAGCUCAGCUUGUUGAAGACUCCGGAGUGACUGGUCCAGAAGCCUCAGGACGACGAAGAGCAGCCCCUGAAGUUCUGCAGCGUCUCAGUGCCAGACAUUUCCCUUGCCACCUACCACCAACAGGGAAAAAGGUCCAUGCCCAACGUCGGUGUAUCGUUUGUGGUCCUGCUGAGGCAGAUAUCUUCAGGACACAGAACCCUGGUGUGAAGGUGCCAAACAGGACUGGACAUGACACCAAUUUUCAGUGUAAGCAAUGCAAAGUUGCACUGUGUAUCACACCAUGUUUCGAGCUGUAUCAUACUGUGUCGGACUAUACUUUGGCCUACAGAAGACACCAUCAUACUGCAGUCAGGAACCUUGGACAGGAGGAGUGAUAUAUUGUACAUGUAUACACUAAACACCCAAACAACAGUGUCAGAUAUCGAUGACGUUUGGCCUUGAAAGUAAUCCUUUUCAUCAGUGCUGCUAUUAUAUAUUACAUAAUGUAGUUAUUUAAGAGGCGUAAAGAUCUAGUGUUAUUCAUUUAUAGCUAUAAUGUAAGUGUGAGAUUUAACAAUUCGCAAGUAUGAGAGUGUAUCUUUGUACCACAGCAUCGUACAUCUUGUUACAGAAACAACUUUUCAACAUAGAUGUAUAUUUAGAAAUAAUUAUGUUAAUUUAUGAAGUUAUUUAAGAGGUUAUAUACUGCAUGGGGAAAUGUCAAGGAAUAUGACCUAAUGUUAAAGGGGCCUUAAGGCCUACUAUUAAUGUUAAGGUUUCAUUUAUGGAGGGCCAUGUACUUCAGGUUUGUAAUCAAUUAGCUCCCUUGAAUUUGCCAUAGAUUAUCUCCCUUGAAUAUUUCCAAUAUUACUUUUAGUGUUUUCAACAAUGAAAGAAGUGGCAAAUUAAAGUUGUUUGUUGUUUUAAUUUCAUUCUAUAUUUGAUUUGUUAAAUUUUUGUCACUAAACUAAAUCCUCAAAGGAUGGCAGAAUUUCA